AUCAGUCCUCCCCCUAGCAGAUUUGGAUUUUGGAUCGAUAGGGCGAAGAGAGAUGUCGCACUGGCGGGGCCUACGGCGCGAGCCAUGGACGCAGCGGUUUGCGCGAUACCAUUCGUAGCUCCAAGUGUCGAUGGAGAUGGAGCAGAGGCUUGGACGGCACAUGCAGAUUUGGAAAAAGAUCAAGGCGUAGGUCUUGAAGCCCAAGACCUCUCCAUCUUGGACGUAGAAAUAAUUAAUGAGGGGGAACGCCAACCAGAUAAAGAUAAAGGAGCAGAGGCCGAGAGUGAACACGUUGCGGGUGCCGAUCUUGCGGUGGAGCGGCACGAAACAGGUGAGCUGGACGAUACCGUUCAUCAAUCCCAUUCCACCGACGACGAGCCCGAUCGAGUCUGGCUUCAUGUGCAGGCAGGUGGCGAGGAAGACGGGGAUGAGGGAGAGCACGGCGAUUUCGAGGAGGGCGAGGAGGUGAAAGUUGACUACGGUAAGGAUGACGUUUCUGGUGAGGAGAGCGCGGAGGGGAGGAGAUGCCGCGUUUGGUUUUGCGGGGUGAGAAGAGGUCGGGUGCGUCUAGAACUAGGAUUAGUCUCGGGUGUAAACGAGUUGCAGAAAACGGACCUCUUUGAGGAAAGCGAGUGUUAUCAUUGCGCAAGACGAGCCAAGAAGCCUCCCAUGAAUGGCCUGGUCCAAUUACUCAGCAUGACGAUCUUGACUGCAUCCAUUGGUACUCACGCCAAUGUUGACCCAAUAAACCAUGUAAGCGGAAUAUACGAGAGUGCACGAGGAAGAUUAGGAGUGUCGACAAUCUCUCCGAUGGCAGAUUUGAUGACACCAAUAUUACCAUUUAAUGCUCCGGCGAGUGCGCGACUGAUGAUGAUGCCAAUAAAUGAAUGA